CCCCACGCUUCCCAACGCAGACGAAAGCUGCUCAAGUUCAGAGCGGCCAACCCCAUGGCGAACCCGAUUCUCCCUCUUGCAGCUCUCACUCCUCCAGUGCCGACGGUAGAGAAAGACUUUACUCCAGGGUCUUCCUCCUCACUGGGGAAUUGCCGGAAAGAGCAAACAAAAAAGGCGCUGGUGUAGGCUCCAAAAUAAACACAUCUGAAUUCAUGAUGGCAUCGACAGAGGCUCUUAUUGGAUUAAAAGUUUCAAAACAAACAAUAACGCUUUGGAAAAAGGGUUGAAUGCCUGCCUGCCCCUUCAGGCACGACCAUGGAGAAAGGUGGGAACAUACAAUUGGAGAUCCCUGACUUCAGCAACUCUGUCCUGAGCCAUCUGAACCAAUUGCGCAUGCAGGGCCGUCUCUGUGAUAUUGUGGUCAAUGUGCAAGGACAAGCUUUUCGGGCUCACAAAGUGGUACUGGCUGCCAGCUCCCCCUAUUUCCGGGAUCACAUGUCCUUGAAUGAAAUGAGUACUGUCUCCAUUUCAGUCAUCAAGAACCCUACUGUUUUUGAACAACUCCUUUCUUUCUGUUACACGGGGCGGAUAUGCCUGCAACUGGCAGAUAUCAUCAGCUACCUUACAGCUGCCAGUUUUCUACAAAUGCAGCAUAUUAUAGACAAAUGUACACAGAUCCUAGAGGGCAUUCAUUUCAAAAUUAAUGUGGCGGAGGUUGAAGCAGAGUUAAGUCAAACAAGGACAAAGCAUCAAGAGAGACCUCCAGAGUCUCACAGGGUUACACCAAAUCUAAACCGGUCCCUUAGCCCACGACAUAAUACCCCAAAGGGAAACCGGCGAGGACAGGUUAGUGCUGUGCUGGAUAUUAGAGAGCUAAGUCCUCCUGAGGAGUCCACCAGCCCUCAGAUAAUUGAACCGAGUUCUGAUGUAGAAAGCCGGGAGCCCAUUCUUCGAAUCAACCGAGCAGGACAGUGGUACGUGGAGACAGGAGUUGCAGAUCGGGGGGGCCGGAGUGAUGAUGAAGUUAGGGUUCUUGGAGCAGUGCACAUCAAAACCGAAAAUCUGGAGGAGUGGCUUGGGCCUGAGAAUCAGCCUUCUGGAGAAGAUGGGAGUAGUGCAGAGGAGGUAACAGCCAUGGUGAUUGACACCACAGGCCAUGGUUCUGUAGGACAGGAGAGUUACACUUUAGGGUCUUCAGGAGCCAAGGUGGCUCGGCCAACAAGCAGUGAAGUUGACAGAUUCAGCCCCUCCGGCAGUGUUGUCCCCUUGGCUGAGAGACACAGAGCCCGAAGUGAGUCUCCUGGGAGAGUGGAUGAGCCCAAGCAGCCAAGCUCCCAGGUAGAAGAAUCAGCAAUGAUGGGAGUAAGUGGCUAUGUAGAGUAUCUCCGAGAACAGGAAGUAUCUGAACGGUGGUUCCGAUACAACCCCCGUCUCACCUGCAUCUACUGCGCCAAAUCUUUUAACCAAAAGGGGAGCCUAGACCGCCAUAUGCGCCUGCAUAUGGGGAUCACGCCAUUUGUCUGCCGCAUGUGUGGUAAGAAGUAUACCCGGAAAGAUCAGCUAGAGUAUCAUAUACGCAAGCACACAGGCAACAAGCCCUUUCACUGUCAUGUUUGUGGCAAAAGUUUCCCCUUCCAGGCCAUCUUGAAUCAGCACUUUCGUAAAAACCACCCUGGCUGUAUACCCCUGGAGGGGCCUCACAGCAUCUCUCCUGAAACAACUGUCACAUCUCGAGGACAAGCCGAAGAAGAGUCACCUUCCCGGGAAGAGACAGUUGCUCCUGGGGAAACUGCCCAGGGCUCUGUGUCCACAACUGGGCCAGAUUGAGAUAUUGAGGGGGAGGGGGCAGACCCUCUUCCCCUUUGGUCCGUAAGCAGCCUGUAUCAGGGCCAUGGACUCGUACUUAGAUUCACAAAAUGCCACCUCAUUAGACCAGAAGAUGCUCCCAAGAUGUUGCCAAACUAGAGGAUCAACAACACACACAGAAGCACUAAAGGCUCCUCCCCUCCUCCUUCCCUCCUCACACUUUGGAAAAAAUCAAGCAAAUCAACUUUCUAAUUCAGGGAUCAACAGCCUUGGUUUGUUAACUUUAUAAGAAAAACAUUUUUUUAUCAAAACUAUGAUAAAUGGUCAUUUAUCUACCAGUUGUGUUUGAACACUGUACUUUGGUCCAUAUCAUCUUGGUGGCUGUAAUUGCCCGGAUCUAAAAAAUGCAAGAGGAGCCUUGGCCAUCUGAAGCAGCCAGCCACAAGAGAGAAGGAGGUAGUCAUGAUGGUGCGAAGGAAGUAUCUCUCCUCUUCCUUCCCUGCCGGAAUGUGCAUUUUCACAUCAAGAAAAAAACGAGUGAAUACUGGUGGUUCUUGCUGUUCUGCAAGUGGGUGCUGGGAUCAAGCCCAGGGCCUCGUGCUUUACAGACUUCUUGUUUUCAGUGGUGCUUUUCCCAGGGCCAGUCUCUUUACUUACAAACAUCACAAGUCUAAACCAUUUCAAGCCAAUCACAACAACCCAAGUGAGUAGAAAUUGCUUAAGGUUUAGAUGUGUGCUUUUAGCCACUUCUUGAAGCAGAUGUUGAUGACAUAUUUGAAGGUGAUCCACCAAGUUUCCUAUAAAGUCAUCAGAUCCCAACUCUAGUGGUUAAGAACCACUCAAACAGAAAUGCGCUGCAGGGAGCAAAGCUUAAAAUGUUUCCUCUGGAAGUCAAGUGCUAAAUCAGAGGUUACUAAAAGUAUGGCUAAAAUCCACCUCUGAAUGGCUAUCAGAUAGCAUAAAUAUUUAGAAUUUAUAUGGUAUUUCUAAUAUUUUUACAAAAAUAAGUUUAAAUCAUGUAACUUGAAUUUUUUUUAAAAAAAUUAGCCUGUUUUCUUUCUGGAAAACUGGCCCAGUAAAAAUAGCACUAAUAUAAUUCCAAAUGUAUAUGCAUGUGCAUUGAACACAGAAUGGUAUACUAAAGAUAGUUCACACAAAUAACUUUUGUGGGAAGUUUAGCUAUUUUCUUAAUAUCUUUUCAUAAAUGUUUAUAAAUAUAUUUACUCAUCCACCAUGACCUUGGUAGCAUAGAAGCAUUUUGUUAGUUGUCUUAUUAAUUCUAAAAAUUCAAUUCUUGGCAUAGUAGGCUGUGACAGCUUUUUGUUAACUUUGUAUUUUGGCUAAGAAAAUUAUUUCUUGCACUUUCUAUUUUCAAAGAUGUUAUAACACAGUGUACCCACUGAAUGCAGCUGAUCUUUAGAGACAAAAGAUGUAGGCGUUACAGUGAAAUAUAUAUAUUUAGAACCCUGGCAAAAGUAGAGACCUCGGAAAAAUAAACUUGGCUUGCAUCUACCUGAGGAGGACUGGGGUUGGUGUGAGAUUUAGGUGGAAGGAGCAGCGGGCAGGCUUAUAGUUGCUGGGAGUGGCAGUGCUGUGAGUCGCCAGCUGUGUGUGUGCAAGUUUUGUGUGUGUGUGUGAGGAAGAGGCAUUUAACGAAGGCAGGUGAGUCGGUGAGAACGUUCUACCUCCCGCUAGAGACUGAGCACAUUCAAGAUGGCCCUUGGGCAGGAGCUGGAUUCCCUCAGCCUCUGUCCACCCGCUUCUCUUCCAUAACUCACUUCAGCUUCUCUACCUCUGAGCACUUGGCUGAAGAAAGAGUGGAGCUUUCUGUAGCAAGCAAAGGACAACCAGGCCCAGAACAUAGAGGCUGCAGUGGCUGAAAUCCUUCUUGUCAUGUGCAGAUGAUAAUAUUUGAUUUGUUGCCCAAAUGAAAAGUGUCAGAACACUGAGGCUUAGUGCUUCUGUCCUCUGGCUUCUGCUUGCCAAGAAUAGCCUGCAGAGGUGGGCUCCAUUUGUUUUUGAGGAUGCUUUUGAAUGAGGUGAAACAUUUGUUUGAGUGCCAAUUUUCUUUUUUAAUUGCCAUUUGUGGUCCAUUUUGGCAGGACUGGAAUAUUAACCAUAUUGUCCUGAUAAUGAGGCUCUGCCAACAUCUUACAUGGACGUAUGCAUGAUAUGGGUUUUCAGAUGAGCUGUUUUGCUUGUUAAUCACUCCAAAGAGAAAGAGUCUUGUUUUUAAUGCUGAUACUGUUGUAAUAGUCAAGAUGGCUUCACUUGAAUGGAAUUCAGUUUUAGUAAUAGAAUGCCAUUAGGCAUACCUGAUCUUAAAAUCCAGUGCAGCGAUCAACUGAUUUCCUGUCUGGGGCACUAGCACAUAUCACACUGUCCAGCCAGCCUGCCUACCUGUACCCGAGGGACUAGGGCUGACCCUGUGACAGUAAUCCUCGAGUGCAUUCCACUUCUUCAUUCCGGUGCUGGGACUGGUGGUGUGGUACCUAAGAGGGACUCUCUAGUUAGGAGUGGAAAUGAGGGCAUGGUCAUUUCAGAUGUUUUAGGGGUCACUUUUGGGUACUAAUGGGUAAGUAUUUACUCUCCUGGUAGGCAAGUGGGGAAUACAGAGCAUGUAAAAUUCCAAAGAAUAGGUGACAACAGAGUAAUUCCUGCUGCAGUAUGGAUCCUGUGAGGAGAUGAGGUGGCAAACUGUGUGAAUCUGUUCCCCACAACUGUGUUUAACUGUAGACUAGUUCUGAACCUAAGAGCCAUGCUAACAUGCUAGACUCAGGAAUUAAUUCCUGCUUUAGGAAAACUUUUCCCUCUGGCUUAUUUGAUUGAUUGUGCCCCAAGUUUUGUCCCAGGCCUGCUCCCUUAUAUUUUGCUAUGAUGCAUACUUAAAAGUGCAGACUUAACCUACAUCAGUAUCCUACUGUUGGCAUUGCUGCCUAUUCAGGACAAAGGGAUUAAUUAAAAAAAAAAAAAAAAAAAGGCGAGAAACCGGUGUAGCAGCACACCCCUGUAAUCCCAGUGGCUGGGGAGGCUGAGGCAGGAGGAUCGCAAGUUCAAAGCCAGCCUCAGCAAUGGUGA